AUGAAGCGAAGACACCUCGAGUAUUUUCAGAUAAGAAGCUUAAUUUUUGACAAUUUACGCGAAUUCUACAAUGCCCCCGGUACGCCACUAUUAGAUCUUUCAAGUGAUCUCGGUUUUAUGAGCUACCCAGGCAAAGGAAAUUGGCUCAUCGAUGGUGUUGAGAUUAGCUCAUGUUUUGACUCCGGAAAUCUGAAGUCAAUUGAGCUCAAUGAUAAUCCUCUGUCGGACGAGGAUGCAGUGGAUCGCCGCCAAGGCCGCCGACCAGAAGUCGAUCUCGAAUUUCGUUGCGUCGUGGCGCCAGAUAUGGCUGGCACAGAGUUCGAAAAUGGUAAUAAAUCUUGGUUCCAUUUUCGUGUUACUGGCGCCCAUGGAAAAACUGUACGAUUCAACAUGAUGAACUUGAAUCGUCACCAAAAGCUUUACAACCAAGGAAUGGCGCCUGUUUUCAUGGUGCAUCAACAAGGGACCGAAAUGCCGAAUAUCAUGCUAGAACCAGAGCGAUGGAAUAGGGUUUGCUCUGUCUUCUCCCACACGAGCGAUGGCGUCUUUCUCAUGUCAUUUUGGCACACUUUUACUACAGCAGAAGAUGUUUAUUUCAGUUUUUCAUACCCAUGUUCGGUCGAAGAUACCACAAAAUGGAUUGACAAAUUAGAAAAGAAGCAUCGCUUUCCGGAAGAGCACUCUUCCUCAGACAUCUACUUUCACAGGGAAAUCCUCUGCAGGUCGAUCGACGGCCGUCCAGUAGAGCUUUUAACGAUAAGCUCAGCAGAGGGUAUUACUGAUGAAGUGGAGCCAAACUUUGCGCAUAACCUACCACCACCGUUCCCAGAAAGAGCAGAUGAAGAGAAUAACAACGAUGCGGAAGAAAACAAAAGUGGACAAAAAGCAUUCAUGAUUUCCGCUCGUGUGCACCCAGGAGAAACGCCCGCCUCUCAUGUUUUGCGAGGAAUGGUCGAUUUCAUUUUGCGGACAGACGAUAAGCGUUCAGCAACAUUAAGAAGCCGUUACGUCUUCAAGAUCAUCCCUAUUCUCAAUCCUGAUGGAGUGGUUCGUGGUCAUUAUAGAACUGACGCACGUGGCCAAAAUCUCAACCGUUUUUAUUUGAAUCCUGACGUAUCACUACAGCCGCAGUGUUUUGCCUAUCGUCAACUUAUCUAUUAUUUGCACCGGAAUUACCGUCUUGACGGAAAAGAUAUCCCAAACGAUAUCGACUCAACGGCACAGGACUACGAUUCUCUCGUUGAAGACAAAGAAUCUGGAGUUGGAUUUUUGAUUGAUCUUCAUGCUCAUGCCGCGAAGAGGGGCGCCUUCCUUUUCGGAAAUCGUCUAAAAUUAGCAGAUUAUCAUGCCGAAACACUAUGCUAUGCUAGACUUACGGCGGCGAAUUCCGCUCACAUGGACUUUGAUGCUUGUUGUUUUAGCCAGCGAAAUAUGAAUAUGAAGGAUAAGCGAGAUCAGCUGAGUAAAGAGGGAUCCUGUCGCGUUGCAUUUUACUACUUGACGGGAUCGCCUCAUAUCUACACGCUUGAGUGCAACUACAACACUGGACGAUACCAGAAUGCGAUUUCUUCCCGAGACGGCGCAUUAACACCGCCAAUUCCUCCCGCACCUCUGGUCAAGUAUACACCAGAUCACUAUGCAGAAGUCGGCCGUGGUCUUCUCUGUGGGGUGUUAGAUGUUUUCACUGUGAAUCCUAUUCCGCGCGUUGCCCCACAGCAAGUGAAAUCUCUUCGAGGUCAAAUCUCACGACAGGUGGAAAUUCAACGAUCGAAUCCAAGUCAAAGAAGGAAAAUCACCUCCAAAAAUGUCUCGUCUGGACUAAGUCUCGACCGUCUAUCGCAAUAUGAGAAGCCAAAACGGUUCGAACGAAGCCUACCUGUGGCUUCCGGAACCAAAGUUGUCCGCACUCCACCAGUAAAGGAAGUACCACCUGGGCGAUUGUCGCGGCCUAUAGCCUCAAGAACAUGCAGCGACCGAUUUGUUAAUCCUUCAUCAUCGAGUAAGCAUACGCGCAGUUUCAAAGCGAGAAGUAUUGAAAAAAAGCCAAGCGUACUGCCCCGCAUAAAGCCUCCAGUUCAUACCUUCAAUCUUCAGUUCCAUAAUGACGCCCGAGAAACUCUGCGAACUGGCCCAAGCUUCACAACAAGAUUUGGGCACCGAUGA